ACUAACUUGCACACAAUCUUGUCACUGAAACUAAAAGCAAAAACAAAGGCAAACCCUACCCUUUGUUUAGUUUUGAGAUCAGAGGUUUCAGAAAGAAACAGGACAAAGAACAAAAAAAAGGGCAUUGGAGAUCAGAGAUGGGAUCUGGGGCUGGAAGUUUCCUUAAGGUUCUUCUUAAGAACUUUGAUGUUCUUGCUGGGCCAGUUAUUAGUCUUCUGUAUCCUCUAUAUGCCUCAGUUAGGGCAAUUGAGUCUGAGUCUCGUGCUGAUGACAGACAAUGGCUUACAUAUUGGGUUCUCUAUUCCAUGAUUACAUUGCUGGAGCUUACUUUUGCCAAAGUCAUUGAAUGGAUUCCCAUCUGGUCCUAUGCAAAGCUGAUUUUCACCUGCUGGCUGGUCAUCCCAUACUUCAGUGGUGCUGCUUAUGUUUAUGAGCAUUAUUUGAGACCCUUCUUUAUGAACCCACAACAAACAAUUAACAUCUGGUAUAUUCCAAGGAAGAAGGACAUCUUCAGUAAGCCAGAUGAUAUUUUAACUGCUGCGGAGAGAUAUAUUGAAGAGAAUGGAACUGAAGCAUUUGAGAAGCUCAUUCAUAGGGCUGACAGGUCCAGGAGUAAUGGUUACGGUUACAUAUACGAUGAUGACGGCUACAGACAUUGAUCCUUAUGGCUCUGAAUGUCUUGUAUAUUUUGCUGUCUAGAGAAAGUCACAUGUGCCGGUGUCAUCCCAAAAUAGACUUUUGGUUCUUGUGAAAAACUCUGAAUGCUUGUGUAAUGUUAUGUAAUUAUCUUGGGUUGCUUGGUAGAUAGUGCAAGGUCCUAAAUAAUUUUCAUAUUCGGCAUACCUUGUGUUAAUUCUAGUCUCCCUGCUAGUUUUCAUGCAUCUCUUGGUUGCCCGUAGAUCUGUCAAUUUUAAAUAUGAUAUGAUAGGACGAUA